AUGCCGAAAUCAUACACAGGAAGCGUAGCCACGGACCAAGCAUUGGCAGGGUUCACUGGCGGUGCUGUCUCGACAAUCUUCCUUCAUCCUCUCGAUCUCAUCAAGACGCGGUUCCAAGUGAAUGCAUCACAGGCAGCCCCAAAGCUUGGGGGAACACUUCGCAGCUUCCAACAGAUCUACAGGAGUGAAGGUUUCCGUCAUGGACUCUAUCGUGGACUGACACCCAACUUUGCAGGCGCCACAGUCUCUUGGGGUCUGUACUUUUACCUCUAUGCCGGGAUCAAGGCCAGCAUGCCCGUCGACCCCAACACAGGACGUCUCGGACCUACUCAACAUAUGACGGCCAGUAUGCUCGGAGGAGCCAUGACGGCUGUUGUCACCAACCCUUUCUGGGUCAUCAAGACUCGCAUGUGCACCACCAAAAAGGCAACCCCAGGAUCAUACCAGAGUCUGAUCGGCGGAUUGACGUCGCUUUUCAGGACCGAGGGUAUCCAGGGACUUUAUAGAGGAAUUGUCCCCGCGCUUUUUGGAGUGAGCCACGGAGCGAUCCAGUUUAUGGCCUAUGAACAGCUCAAGUACUGGAGGCAGGAGGUCAAGAAGAAGCGAUGGGAGAAGCAGUUCCUUGAGGAGGUCCGUGGCAAGGCCAACGUCCCUAUUACCGACACCGCUGCUGCUGUUCAGUCUUCCGAGUCGACGGGUGUGAGCAUAGAUUCAAAGACGUUUGCAAAGUUGCGGGAAUCGAGACUGUUGGAGAAGAAGCAUGACUGGGAGACGCUUUCGACGAUCGAGUACUUGUGCAUGGCUGCCUCUUCCAAGGUCACCGCGACUGUUGCAACAUACCCAUACCAGGUGUUGCGGUCUCGUCUCCAGAUGAUGCGCAACCCUCAGACUGGCGUCGAGUACACCGGUGUCAUGGACUGCAUCCGCAAAAUCAAGAGAGCGGAGGGUCUGCUUGGAUUCUACAAGGGAGUUGCGCCCAAUGUCAUCCGUGUCUUGCCAGGAACAUGUAUUACAUUCCUUGUCUACGAGACAGUGAGUGGAUGGUGCCGCAACCACGCACGGUACGGACUGGACGAGUAA